AUGCUAAAGGGCAAGGUUGCCGUGAUCACCGGCGCUGGCCGCGGCAUUGGUGCGGCGGCGGCGCGUCUGCUUGGUCGCGAGGGCGCGCGCGUCGUCGUCAACGACCUCGACGGAGCGGUCGCCGACAGCGCCGCCGCCGAGAUCCGAGCGACAGGCGGUGAGGCCGUCGGUUUCGGUGGGAGUGUGGUGGAUGCGGACUUCCCCGAGGCGCUGCUCGCGUACGCGGCGGCUGAAUUCGGCCCGGUCGACGUCCUCGUCAACAACGCCGGCUUCCUCUUUGACGGCGUGCUCCACAAGAUGGACGAUUCGCAGUGGGGCGCUGUCGUGGACUGCCACCUCGGCGCGCCGUUCCGGAUGGCGCGCGCCGCCGCACCGUACAUGCGCGACGCGGCGAAGCGGGAGAUGGAGGGCGGCGGCGCCCCCUCGGACCGCUGCAUCAUCAACGUCUCGUCCACCUCCGGGCUACACGGCAACGUCGGCCAGGCAAACUACGCGGCGGCAAAGGCGGGCAUCGUCGGCCUCACAAAGACGAUUGCAAAGGAGUGGGGCGCCUUUGGGGUCCGCGCCAACGCGGUCGCCUUUGGGAUGAUCGAGACGCGGAUGACGAGCGCUUUUGCCUCCGAGGCGGUCGAGGUCGGCGGGCAGGCGGUGCAGCAGGGGCUGCCUCCCGAGGUGGCCAAGAUGUGGGAGGGCGGCCCGCUGCUGCGGGCGAUGGUGCCUCUCAACCGGAAGGGGCGGCCGGAGGAGGCGGCGGGCGGCAUCCUCUUUUUGGCGUCGCCGCACGCGUCUUAUGUGACUGGCCACACCCUCGAGGUGACGGGCGGGAUGGGCAUCUGACACGGCGCCUCCCUCCUCUGCCCUGGCUCUGCAUGGGGGCGAGGCGAGCAGGGGAGGCGAGGGGAGGGGCGGGAGCGAGAGGCUUCCCGCAGGAAACUCCCGCCUCCCUCUCUCUCGGCCCCCUCUCACAAAAUAAAAGAGGCGCGUCCGAUGCGCGAUGGACGCUUGGGUCUUGGAUCCUAUUUAUAAAAUGUGUGCUCAGCCGU